AUGAGUGAACCAUUGUCACUUAUGUAUGGCAUCGAUCAGCAGACUCGUUGUAUAGUUGGAGUUCAUGCUGAACAGGAAAGGACGUUGUUUCUUGCUGGAACUCUUUCUAUAAAACAGGACAAUCAGUUAUGCGUACUCGAAGUCGAUGAUGACUGGCUACAAAUUUCAAAGCGUUCAUUUGCUCAUCCAUUCGAAUUUCAUCCAGAUGGACAAAAAGCAGCAGUCGUUUUCGAUAAAACUUUAAAUUUCAUGGAUAUUAACGAUUCCCUUGAGACUGUACAUUCCAUGCAAAUCGCAUGUAAAGGGAGUAUAAAUGCCAUUUCAUGGAAUCCUCAUUCUAAUGGAAGUUUAAUAUCUGUUGCUUAUGAUGAUUUUAUUAAAGGAAUUGAUUAUAGAUCUCUGGACAGUGCAUUCAUAAUUGAGAGCGUAAAUACGCCAAAUGUACGAAAUUUGGAUUACAAUCCCAAUGUGCAAUAUAUUUUGGCUACAUGUGGUGACGAUUGCAAGGUAUCAAUUUGGGACACCAGAAAAGUAAUGGAACCAUUAAAAUCACUUCAUGAUCAUUCGCACUGGGUCUGGUCGGUUCGUUUCAAUCCUAUUCACGAUCAGUUAUUAUUGUCGGUAGGUAGCGAUGCUCGUAUUUUUCUUAACAAUUUGGAAUCGCUAAGCUCAGAAUCUAUGCAUGCGCUUGAUUUUGUAAACGAUGAUGCUGAAAAUACAAGAGUUCCAAAAUUGGAAGAUGGCCGCCUUGAAAAACUAGAGGAACAUGAAGAAUCAGUUUACAGUUGUGCUUGGGCCACCAAUGACCCGUGGGUGUUUGCAACAUUAUCGUUAGAUGGACGGGUGGUUAUUUCGAGAGUAAAAAGGCAUCAUAAAUAUGCUAUCUUGCAACUAUGA